UCACCACCCCGGUUGGACAUUGUUCUGCUCAGUGAUAACGUUCAGGAGGGGAAGGGAAGAGAAGUGGUUGAGUUUUAAUUUGUACCGGGGAGAAUGCGCUCCCUUAUCGGACUAGCCGUUGUUGUGACCGGAGCCACCCUGUACCUUUACUCUCUGUCUCUGUAUCUCCCUGCUGGACCACGAAGACAUCCUCAGCCGUGUCCAGAGGGGAAGGAGUCCCAGCAGACCUGCGACGUCUCCGGGGAACUCAGCAGAUUGAAGUUCCCAUCAGACCUGGAGGACCUGCAGGAACUGUCUGAACUCCUGCAGUUUUACAAAACAGAGCACACCGCAUAUGUCCUGCUCCUGUUCUGCAGCGCAUACCUCUACAAGCAGUCCUUUGCCAUCCCUGGAUCAUCUUUCCUGAACAUUCUUGCAGGAGCUAUCUUUGGACCGUAUCUAGGACUGCUCCUUGCCUGUGUGCUCACCACGGUGGGCUCCACCAUGUGCUACCUCCUCUCCCAAGCCUUUGGAAAACAACACAUCAUAAAUCUUUUCCCAGAGAAAGUUUCCAUGCUACAGAAAAAGGUGGAAGACAAUCGGGACUGUUUGUUCUUCUUUCUGCUGUUCCUGAGAUUUUUUCCCAUGACUCCCAACUGGUUCCUGAACAUGUCUGCCCCCAUCGUCAACAUCCCUAUCACAUACUUCUUUUUCUCAGUAUUUAUUGGCCUGCUGCCCUACAACUUCAUCUGUGUGCAGAUGGGCGCCAUGCUGUCCGAGGUGUCCUCGCUGGACGACCUGUUCUCCUGGGAGCACCUCCUGCAGCUGCUGGCCAUUGCCUGCGUGGCUCUGGUGCCCAGCGCCCUCAUCCGGCGCCUCAGCCAGAGGCGUAUCAAGCUGGCCGUCCAGCCCCAGAAUGGACUUGACUCGGAUAAGAAGGUGCAGUGACCCCGCUGGAGGGUUUAUACGUUUUUAUCCACUCAGUUUUCAGAUGCCUUCUGCUCUCCAGAGCAAACAUUUUCAAAGUAGUAGCUGUUUAAAAAAACCUUUACGCCUAUGUCGUUUUUGGUUAUGGAUCGCUUUACACCCGCCGGAAUUGUGUGGAGAUCAAUAGGAAGCACUGCUUUUCUAAAAAUUACAAAUGCAUUUGAUGGACUUUUAUUAAAAAAAAAGAAAUGUUUUCCAGUUUUGGUGUUUUGUAGCUACAGUAUUUGUGUAAUGUAUGAAUGUACAGGAAUCAUGAAGAGGAGAGAAGAUCUUUUGUCACUCAUGUUUGACAACAAGAGUUCUGCUUUAGUUUAAACUUUGCUUUCAAAGUGCCUGUUUUGUUUUGGCCUUUAAAUUCUACCUCCAUGGACUCAAUGAAAUAUUAAUGUGAAAACCGCGAAAGGCCUCCCCGUAUUCCUGCAGAUUAGAUGAUGUCUCAUGGGUUUAGGCUUGUCCUUUUUCUAUUUGUAACUUAAAAAUUGGCUAGUCUUAAGAAUCCACAGCAGUCAGUCACAACAUUAAAGCGUACCAGGCCUUACAAGUUCACUAAUAUAAAAGCACAAAACUAAGGGGCCAAACUUUUGAAUCUAAAGCCAUUGUAUGUGCCUGGAAAGAGCCCAGAUGAACAAAGGCUCCGUUCACUAAAUCCACUGAACCCACAGCCAAAACCCCACUGUCACUUCAGGAAAUCCAGAGUUCCCCUGUUCACAAUCUGAAGGGUCACUGUUGUUUUUGUGGAGCAGAAAAAUCUUCACAUCCUAAUAUUUUAAAGCGGGUAAGGAUGGGCUUUUAUUUAAUGCUUUUCCGUUCUUACUGUUGAAUUCUUUACUGAAUUUGAACUGUAAAGUUAUUUCUGACCUGGUGAAGCUUUGAGGUACAAACUCUUUAUUUAUUGCCUCUUUUUAUGAAUUGUGUGUUUAUCUGUUUGCUGUGGGUGCACUUUUUUAUGCCUUUCUUUGAAAAAGGUUUUGCAUUUGCCUUUUCUAUUAUUGAGGUGUCAAUUAUUUUAAAUGUAAUGUAAUGUUCAACAAUGUUAGCAUUUACAAACAAAUCACAUUUUAAUCCAGCACUUGGCUUAUAUACCCAGUUAAGAUAUGUAAAAAGCCUUAAAGUAAAGGAAUCUUUCAUUGUCGCAAAAUCGAACAUCAAACCCAUUGGAAAAAUGUAUUUGUUUAAGUACAUUCAUUUGGUGUGGGAGAACAUGAAAAAGUUUUUGUUUUUUUUAUAGAAUGUAAAUUUUGCUGUAAUUCUUUUAAAGUGAAUAUAACUUCUAAUAUAUUUUUUCAAAGUUGAGCUGUUUCAAGAAACUUUUAAACUGCCACUAUUUAAAAUGGAAAAGACAAGAAGUCAGACUGAUCUGUGAUGAAGUUCAAAAGCUACUUCCUUAAACUUUCUCUUAUUUACAACCAGAGCAAUAAGAAAAUGAAUCUUUAAAACGACUAACUGUGACAGCCAAGACUGGGCAAGAAAGGCAAGUCAGAACAGGAUGGUGAGAGGUUAAAAGUGCCACCAAGUCCCCUUAGCUACCACUACAUACUCUGUACACACCAGCGAGGAACUUUUAUACCUUAACAAGCAUAAAAUCACUUGAGUUUUAACUAACUGGAAAUGUCUGCUUUGCUCAGAUCAGACUAAUUAUGCACCUGCAGUUUGGGCAACACUGUAGGUGGGUGUUGAGUUUGGGGGGGAAGGACAAAUCUGUGGAAAAGCCCUCAUGUCUAGUGUGAUCCUGUUGCCUGUUUUUUAUAUAAAGGUUAGUGGAUGGCAUUAUGAGCUCUUUAUCACCAUUUUAAAUGAAAUGUUUGAUAGAAGACUGAAUAACCUUCUAUGGGCUUCUCAAUCCUGUAUGAAACUGACUCUAAAUGCUCCAACAUUGUUAAAUGUUACAGGAGAAGAUAAAGUGCUUUAUGAUUGGCAGUAGAGGGUUAUAAAAAGGCAUUUAGGACAAGUGUGCUUAUAAGUGCGAUGUAAUUGAAUGUACUCAAAUUAAAGCUUGGUUUUUUCUAAAAUGCUUUAGCGUUAUAUUGUUUCUCCAAUAAAAAAUUAAUUUAUUUCAAGGCUUUUUACAAGGGUGCUAAUGAACACAGUCAGUUCUGUAUUAGGACUCAGUUUGGAGCUGGAAAAAUACAAUGGACCAUCUUUAUUUAUUUCUAUUUAAAUCUGAUGUGCAAUAUUGUUUUCUGAAAGUCCCUCCUGUUGGUGGAGUUGUUGUAAUACAAGGACUUCUUUGUGCAAUGAUGGGUUUUGCAGGUGUAAGUGUUUCAAGUAAUAAAAACAAAACAAGCUUUUUUUUCUUUCAGAUAUUCUUUAUUGCUCAGAUCCAGGUUGCUCAGCAAUACAGUUCACUCACAACUCAAAACAACAGCUUGGCUGCUACCAGAAAGGCAUGGAUCCAUGUAGUAAAAAACAGAUCAGAUGUCUCUCUGGUGCGGCCACUGAUUUUUAUUACCUUGAGGUGUUGGAAGCCUUGUUGGCUUGUGGGUAACAUUGAGGGUUUGAAGCUACCAAGAAACAAAAGAAAUCUCCCAGAUGGAGAAAAUGCGGAUAAGAACUGGAUCCAUGUAAAAGGGAAAAAAAAACAAAACACAACUCCAAGUCUAGUGCGAUGUGAGGUGUAGUACAUACUGGAUUACCUGCAUCAAUCUCAUGCAAUGCUUUCCACUCGACAACAUAGCAGGGCAACAAAAACACUGCUGUGAUUCUGCACACCUUUGACCUGCUCCUGAGAGGUUCAGCUGGCGCUUAGUGACCUCUUGUCUGUUUUUCUCCUAAACGCAGAACAAGUUUUCUAUCAGCGCUUUUAAAUCAGGCCUGGGUACUUUCUUUUAGCACUUCAAAUGUUCCUUAAACGUUCAUUAUGUGUUCCAACAAAAUCCUAGCUAGGAUAUUUUUCGUUGUCCCACCACAAUUUCAUGACUAGUAAUAUUGGUAGUGAUCUAACAGGAAUGAAGAGUUAGAAAUUCCCAGCUACAGCUCCAGACUAUAUCAUUUAAUCAGUGUGACAUACAAGAAACCAGAUCAGAACAGACAACAAAAGAAAACCUCAGCUAUUUAACCACUGUGUGAUAUGACUAACAACACUGUACACCCUUAGCCAUCUGUGUAAUUAGGAUCUUUUCUUUCCUUUAUGGUACUGAAAAUUAAUGCCUAACACCUCACAAUACCUAGAAAUACCAAUCCUUAAAAAUAAUAAAAAAUAAAAAGGUUACUACAGUCCUUGCAGGUUUCACCUCAUACUGUAUGAACAUUCAGGAUGAUGUUCUUGAAGUCAAAGGGCUCCAGCUCGAGGGAAACCUGCGCCUAUAAAGAGCCAAAAACACAAGAGAGAUAGAGGCCUGCAGGGCCGUCUGCAAUGCAGGAAAAAGAGCCGCAACGUCAGCGCACUCUAUAAAACGUAUCCAAAGAAUAUUAAAUAAACUACAGUGCCUUGCAAAAGUAUUCACACCCUUUUUUUAUGUCGCAUUACAACCAAGAGCUUCAGUGUGUUUUACUGGGAUUUUAAGAGAUGCACGUAACACUAAGUGAUGUGUCAAUGAAGUAGGAGGAUUUAACAUGGAUUCAGAUUUUAAACAAGAAAUGUAUCUGUUUUAUUUUGUAAAAUAGCUUCUUUUAGUGAACAAAUACAUAAACCCUGUCUUUUGAUUCAAGACCUGGAGAGAAAAAGACAUGAUUUACCACGUUGCAUUUUCUCUGGGGUCCGUUUAGCCUCCCAUUUGUACUUCCAGUUCGUUCAAAACGCUGUUCUCCAUUUUUUACCUGGAUCACAUCUCAUCUACUCUGUCCUCUCUCCGCUGACUGCUGAUUUUAAAUUCCUUCUUCUAGGUCAUAAAUACCUCAUUGAUUUUGCUCCAGCGUAUCUAUCUAACCAGCCUCAUGGUCCUUCGCUGAAUGUUAAAUCAGCUGUUUUUGUUUUUUUUCCCAGAACUAACCCGAAGCCUAGAGGAAAUCAGGCUUUUUCAGUUGAACAGUGGAACAAGUGGACUUCAGAUAUUAGACAUAUUUCCUUCAUGUUUUUCAGUCUCUUUUAAAAGCACAUCUAUUCCCAAUAGCUUUUAGCACAGCUUGAGAUGGUACAUUCCUUUUAGCUAUUCAGGUCCGCUUUUGUAUUUCAUGUCUUGGAUGCAUAUAUUUUUAAUGUUGAGAGAUCAGCCAUCCUUUCUGUACACAACUGUCCCAUCAUUAAUGAGGACAUUCUCAUAUUUCUAUUUGGUAAAUCUAAAGAUUUAGUUUCAGAGCUGUAAGGUUUUCACUGCCAAAUCUAUUCUUAAAGUUAUCCUUUCUGUACUGAAACUAGUUUCUCAUCAAUUCUGGCUUCUUCUGUCUGUGUACAAACAUAAAAAUUACAUUUAGGGGUUACCAUUUUGGUUAGAUGGUUAAAACCUGAACAAAACUGGCUGCUGUAGCAGGAUAAAGAGACAUUAAAGCUACUUAAUUGGUUUAAAUUAGGCCUCAUGGUUUCCACCAGAACAACACCCCUAGACCCACAACUACUCUAGAAUCGUUCAUAUAUACACAGGUUAGAAUGUCCUAGUACAAGUACAGACCUAAGCUCAAUUAGGAACUGUCAAAGUUGAUGUUAAUACAACUUAAUUAAUCUGAUCUGACAAGUUAAUUCAUCUGAUCUGACUGAACUUGAUGUAUUUUUGCAAAGACAAAUAGGCAAAAACUUCUCUAGAUGUACAAUAGAGACAUAUCCCAAAGGACUGAAUACAAAUGAAAGCCAAACCAUUCAAGACGUUUUUCAAUAAAAGUUGUUGAAAACCACGUCUUUUCCCUUUCCCAAUAAAAUACACAGAAAUGUCUUGUUUCAACGUGAAAAACUGUUUUAAAGGGGGCGCUCAUAGAUUUGCAAGGAUCGGUAAAAGUCUCAGUGCUACAAUGAAAAGCUGUUUUCUCUGACAAACACUCUACUAAAGGUGAAGCAGACCAUAUAAGGAGUCGAAGCACCGUACUGCAUUUUAGUUAGGUCAGGAUAUUUUGAAUCAGGUCUGGUGAGCUCUAGUCAUCAGAAUGAGGUACUGUACCGGCUGUGGGGAGGCUGGCGGCAAUGGCAGCCUCAGGCAUUGUGUGAGUUUGUUAGACCUUUUAAUAUAGUACUGCAAGUUUGUGUUCACUGGGACAAAAAUGAUCCACCUCAUCUGAAGACUAAAAGUCUGCCAUCCUACAAGCACAAAUAAAGAAAAAAAACAGCCCUAAACAAAAACUCCCGCUAUGUUAUUUGCUUGUUUACCUCCUUUUUUUGCCCCAGCUCUGUUUUUAGUAUCUAACGUCAGCCAUGGAUUCAGAGAGGUGAUUCUGAAAUGUACAGCAAAACAAAAACAAAGAAAAAAAAAUCAAGUUUAGAGGUCAGUUUGAGGAAAGCUGCGAUGCUCUAAACUCUCCCGCCACGCUCUGAUUUAAAAUGUCAGAGAACGAUGUAUACGUGACUCUAUUGUACAUGUUUACAGAUAUACAUAGUUCUUCCUGUUGUACACAGUGACAUUGCAAAUGACUAGACUGGUUUUGACAUUCUGCACAGAAGACUUGGGUUUUACACCGCUUUCAAAGGUCCUGUCGGUGUAUUUUUGCAGCUUUGUUGUUUUCUUUAAAAUCAGCCCCGGUUUGCUGUGUGUUUCUAUCAAACAGAGCUGGUAAGAUUAGGUGGGUUGGUAUAAAACGCUAUUUCACAUCUCACAAGUCAAUAAACAUCAUUUGUUUUUCAUUUACAGUUUUUUCUUU